AUGGUCGCUUUCUUAUUGGAGGGAAAUGAAACAACAUGGUUGGAGUCGAUGGGAAGGACAGUUAAUUCCAUGGAGGUUACUUGGACAAGUUUCAAAGAUUUCUUCCUUGAACACUUCUUUCCUCCGGACAAGCAUCAAGAUAUGAUUAGGCAGUUUGAAGAACUUGAGCAGAAUACAGAUCAAACGGUGGUCGAAUACGAGUGUGAGUUUGAUCGCUCGUCGAUAUUUGCUGCUCAUCCUAUGCCUACCGAAGCAGAUAGGAUGGACAGGUUUUUGGGUGGAUUGCAUAAUGGGAUUUCUCGACAUAUUAUUGGGAACCCUAGUUUUAAUACUUAUGCCCUGGUUGUAAAUUGUGCUAAGGCAUAUUGCUUGAAGAUUCAAGAGGAAAAGAAGAAGAAAGUUGGUAAAGUGGAUACCAAGGUUACCGAGAAGAAGGAAAAUAAGGGUGGUAAUUCCAAUGGAAAAAAACGUUAUUUUCACCAAGGUAAUCAGGGAUGGAAGAAUCCACGAACAGAUGAAGGGAACAAUGGUAAUGGAGCCAUGGUUCAUGCACCACAACCCGUGAGAACUGAGGGUUAUGUAUUUAAGGGACCUUUUUAUCACUUCCAUGAACAAGGACACAAGGCUCGUAAUUGUCCAAACAAGGGCAAAUCUCCUGCUGAGUAUGGGCGAUGUAAAGUACAGAACCAGCCUCAGGGCCGAGGGCCUCAGCCUCGGUUGAAUGCUGUCUUGCCUCAAAAUGGCGAGGGACCGAUGGUAAUGUUGGAAGGUAUUUUACUUAUUCACACUCGUCAUGGUAGAGUAUUGUUGGAUACUAGAGCUACUCAUUCUUUUAUAUCUGAUAUGUUUGUGAAAACUUUGCCUGUUGUGUUAGAGCGUUGUUCUGAUGUUGUUAUGUCACCGAAGGGUAGUUCAACGUCUAUUGAUCAUAUGUGCAUGGAUUGGCUUGCUGCCCAUCAUGCUAAGCUAGACUGCUAUGCUAAGACAACCACUUUUCCUAUUCAUGAGAAAAGUGAUGUUGUUGUGUCUGACUUAUCGGGAAGUUCAGAGAAGACUCUUAAGUUGUGUAGUGCUUUGCUUGAGGGUUCAUCGGUGAAGAGUAUUCCAUUGGAGUCCAUAGAAGUGCCAAAGCUCCUUAUCGAAUGGCACAGGUAG